UCCAUAGACCGUAGGCCUGACGGCACUCCACAGCAGACGCCGGCCGUGGCUGGGCGCACGGAGUCCAGGAGCCACCUCGGUCCCUUUAAACCAGAGGACGCCCGGGCUCCCUCCGCUUGGCCAUGGCUCCCCCGCCGCUGUGCAGGCUCCCGAGGUCACCGCCGCGGCUGAUACUGCUCCUGCUAUUGAGCGUCGCGCUGCUGGGCGCCCAGGCCCGCGCCGAACCCGCCGCCGGGAGCGCCGUCCCCGCGCAGAGCCGCCCGUGCGUGGACUGCCACGCUUUCGAGUUCAUGCAGCGCGCCUUGCAGGACCUGCGGAAGACGGCCUACAGCCUGGACGCCCGGACGGAGACCCUCCUGCUGCAGGCCGAGCGCCGGGCCCUGUGUGCCUGCUGGCCGGCUGGGCGCUGAGGACCUGGAGCCAGCACUUUCCUUCAUCAAUAAACACCUGACCUGGCA